CUCUCCAGUCAUUCCAACAGCGUUUUCUCUGUCAAAUACUCUCCAGACGGCGCUCGCAUAGCUUCUGCUGCUUCCGACAGAACAGUCAAGAUUUGGGACGCAGUGUCCGGUGUGCUCAUCCGCACCCUGGAAGGGCACACGGACGACGUGAACUGCGCAGUCUUCACACCCGAUGGCAGCCUCAUCGUAUCUGGCUCCAGGGAUCGUUCCCUCAAGAUCUGGGACGUGGACACAGGUGUCUGUUUGGAAACCCUGGCCGCAAACAAUGACUGGGUUAGUUCCAUUGCGGUGUCUCGGGACGGUCGAGACGUGCUCGCCUGCGCCGCAGAUAAAACUGUCCUCGUCUGGGACUUUGCUCGCGGCGAGAUUCGACAAGCACUCUCUGGUCACACCAAGGAUGUCACGAGUGUCGCUUAUAACCACGACGGGACUCGCAUCGCGUCUGGCUCGAGGGAUGGCACUGUCCGGCUGUGGGACCCCAUUCGCAAAUUUACGGAUCGUGUCCGCUCCGUCGCCUUCUCGCUGGACGGCAGACGUAUUGCAACGGGCUCCGACGAUACGACUGUCGUCAUUUGGGAUGUUGCCACCGGAGCAUUCCUGGCGACGUGUAGGGGCCAUAACGGCGCGGUUCAUUCCAUCGCCUUCUCUCCAAGUGGAGAGCGUGUUGCAUUCGGAGGCUAUGACGAUCUCGUUCUGGUGUGGAAUGUAGAGGGAGGGGAA